AUGCUAUUCCGUGGGUUGAGUUGGUUAAGGCUGCUCACGAUGUUUGUGUUUUCACGUCUUCAGUAUCUUUCUUUCUUCGUCUCUGUGGUAUUCCAGCAUGCGUCGGCACUUUCGAAUUCUGAUACCUCGUUGACGCUUUUGUAUCAGAAUAAUCUUAAUGCUUCUGAUGAUGUCAAUCACGUGGGCUUUAUUCUUCUAGACCCUCACUCCCCUAAAGAUGCAUCCGCAGCAUGUAAGGCGUUGAAUGAAACGCUACUCAGCAGUAGCAUCAUCAAAAGCCAUACAUCUGAUUUUCUCCUCCCGCUCUCAUAUCAAGCAUAUCGUGGUCGCUCGUCGUCUUCUCAGCUAUAUAUAAUUAACGAUGGAGUGAUUUCCUACGACGCCGCUCACGGAUUGAGCUUCCCGAAGUCUACCUCUGGUAAUGCAAAGUUACCGGUUCUUUGUACACAAUCCAGCAAAGAAAGUCAAUCCGGAACCGCGGUUGCUACAGACGCCAAUGAGGUUUCUCUCGUCGCGGGCGGAAAUACAUAUAUUGGAUAUCGCAACCAGAAAUCGUUCCGCUUUCUCGGGAUUCCGUAUGCGAAUCCGGCCGCGCGAUUUGUCUAUUCCACACCGUACUCGCCGACCGGGAAAACGAUCCAAGCAACCGCAUAUGGCGCACAGUGUCCACAAUCUUCGAGUGGGAGCGAGGAUUGUUUGUUUCUCAAUAUCCAAACUCCGCAUAUUCCCAAAGCGAAAUCGACGAAGGAUUUGAGACCAGUGAUGUUUUGGAUCCAUGGUGGUGGGUUUGUGGGGGGCAGUGGUGCGGAUCAAUUGAGUGAUGGCGGUGAUUUGGCGAGUAGAGAGGAUAUCGUCGUUGUGAAUGUUAAUUAUAGACUUUCUGUUCUGGGGUUCCUGGCUAUUCCUGGGACGAACAUUACGGGAAAUUAUGGGAUUGCGGAUCAAAUCAAUGCUCUGGAGUGGACAGUGAAAAACAUUGCUGCGUUUGGAGGAGAUCCAAAAAGAAUCACGAUCAUAGGAGAAUCCGCCGGUGCAGGAUCUGUCCGCACACUUCUAGGCUCGCCACCCGCAAUCGGGAAAUUCCAAGGAGCAGUUGCCAUGUCCAAUCUUGGUGGUGGCGUCGAUCUUGGUCUUACCGGUGACUAUGCAACUACCUACUCCUCAUAUCUCACCAUCCCCGAAUCCUAUGCUCUCGCCGGCCAAAACAUUUUCCUAGCAGCGGGAUGCAACCAGUCUAAUCUCUCUGCCCAAAUUGCGUGUCUGAAGAAUGUGCCCGCUCUAGAUUUGGUUGCGGUCGGCUCUGAGGCGCGUUAUGUUGUCCAAGAUGGUCACUAUGUAAAUACAGCUGAGCUCGACCUUGUGAAUCACAACGGAAGCACCGCUCACGUCGAUGUCAUAUUCGGCGUCACUGCCAACGACGGUGCAUCCAUCGGCACCAACUACCCAACUACUCCGGUCACAUCCGAAGUCUCCGGCAUCGCGGCUUCCCUCGGUAUAUCCACAUCUUAUGCUCAAUCCAUCAUCGACAGCGGACUCUUCCCCUUCUACGACACGGGCAACCUCACGCUCGACGCCUUCAACGUAUCGCAGCGCGUCGCCACGGAUAAAGAUUUCCGCUGUGUGGAUCAAGCCACCGUGUAUGCGGGGUCGAAAAAUGGCAUUUUUAAAUCAAGCUACUUCUACCAGAUGGGACGCACGGUUGCGGGCUGGGAUCCGAAUGGACUCGGGGGACCACCGUCUUCGCCGGGCUAUCCGGAUGGGAAUCCAAAUUUGCCGUAUUUUCGAUUUCAUGGCGCGGAUAUGCCGUGGGUGUUUGGAGCGUUUAAUACGGGGUUGGAGUUUAGAGAUCAGGAGGAUUGGUGGAGCGUUCAGUUGAGUGUGAGUUAUUUUGGGGCGUUUGUGAGGACUGGCAAUCCGAAUCCUGAGGAGGGGUUCCUGAAGAGUAGAGGAUAUGCGACGGUGCAGAAGGGGGUUAGGGAGGUGGGCAAGUGGAAGGAGGUGAGCGUGGAUGGGGAGAAGGGCAGUAUGAUGGUGAUUGAUUGGCCGGGGAAGGUGGAGGAGUUUGCGGAUUUGAAACAGUGUGAUUGGUUGGGGUAUCCGGUGGAUUAUUAUGUGAAGGGGGGGAUUUAG